AUGGCUGUUAGUUCAUUCAGUAGAAGACACUGGGCCUCCCAGUCCCUGCGUGUCACGGCCAAAGAACUCUCCAUAGUUGGCUCUCGCGGCAAAAGCACUGCCAUCGCUGAACGCUUCUCCAAGUACCAAAAGGCUGCAGAGCAGACCAACUCAGACAAGAAGAAAGCUGUGGAGAACAUCCCGUCUUCUGUGUGCCAUGGCAACCUGAGUGUGCUGAAGAAGCGUUGGGAGCAGCCGUCAAUCUCAUCUCCUCCUGCGUCGGAUCCCAAACCAAAACCCAGAGUUCAGGAGAAGCAUCCAGAAAGGGUCGAGACUUCUGACGGACCACAGACGUCCACAGAUCCCACUCUGACCUGCAGACCUGUUCCUGAGCUGGCAGACCACGUCCCAGCACGGCACCUCAGCACCACGUUUCAGCCUUCAGAAACACUGCCAAACAACCAGGCAAAGUCUCCAGACAUCCCAGCCCUGCCCGCAGAGACCGCACCUCACACUGUCUGCAACGGAGAGCCAGAGAUGGAGAAGAGAGAAGAGAUGGAGGUGGACGGCCCUGAAGCUCCAGGAGGAACCAGUGUGACCAUCGAGAAGUCGAGUGUGCCCCUCAACAGUCUGAAGAUGAUGUUUGAGAAAGGGGACAGCACACAGAACAAGGUGUCUAGGGAGCCUCUCAAGUCUGGAGGGAGUGUCUCCUCUGAGAACAUGGAUGUUGAUGAUAAAGGGCCUGAUGGAGCAGACAAAGUGGUGGAGACCAUCCCGUUGAAGAACAGAAUGGCCUUGUAUCAGGCGGCUGUAUCCAAACUGGAUUCUCCCUCAGUGAGUUCUAGUGAAUCAGUUGAGUCAGAGCUGCGUAGCUACAGUCUGAAGCAGAAGGAGAACGUGCCUCCAGAGUCAGUGGACACGACUCAGACCACUGCAGGCCAAAACAGGAAGGCCUUAUCCACAGACAGUAAUGGUUCCAGUGCGAAUAGUCCUGUGUCUAAUCAAACCCAGCCAAAAGCCGUAAGGAAAUUCUGCCCGCCCAUGCGGGAGACCUGUGUGGCCUGCCUGAAGACUGUAUACCCUCUGGAGCGACUGGUGGCCAACCAGCAGAUCUAUCACAACACCUGUUUCCGCUGUACUCACUGCAACACUAAACUGAGCCUUGCGAACUAUGCCUCUUUGCACAACAGUGUCUACUGUAAGCCUCACUUCUGUCAGCUGUUCAAGGCAAAGGGCAACUACGACGAGGGCUUUGGCCACCGCCCACACAAAGAGCUGUGGGAGCCCCGGGGGGAGGAGGCGGAGGAGCAGGUGAAGGAGAUGCCGACAGAGAAGGUGAGCAGCCCCACGGUAGAGGAGUCUCUGGCGAAGGUCAACGUGGUGACCUCCUCUCUGCAAAGCCCAGUUGAGUCCUCUCAGGAAAUGCUGGAGAAGCCUGUAGAGACGGGCAGGCUGAAAAUCACCUGGCCCCCCAAGACAGAUGGGAGUGCCAGUUCACAGGGGACCAGUCCAGCUGCCGAGGGAUACCCCAGCGUCCGGCCCGUCCGGCCCAAGUGGCCACCGGAGAGUGAGAGGCCAGUGCCCAGCCCGGAACACUCUGAGCUGUCCAGCCUACGGCGUUCCUCGUCGCUUAAGGACCGUAGCAAACCCUUCUGCAUCAGCAGCUCUGUCUCCGCUCCCACCCUGCAACCCGACACCAUACAGCCCCUAAAACCUGACACCACAGAGAUGGAAAACGAAGAGGAAAAGGAAAAUGCAAGGAGAAGGCAGGAAGAAGGGCCAGCAGAGGAAGACAUGCUUGAGGAAAACGAGACCGAGAGGGAAGAGCAGGAGGAAGAGGAAGAGCAGGAGGAAGAGGAAGAGCAGGAGGAAGAGGAGGAUCAGCAGGCCUCUCCUGGAUGCCGAGCGACCUCACCACCUUCCUCUCCCAUACCAGAAUCUGAACAGAACGUGGCCUCAGACAUGGCCAGUCUGGACGGGGAGGGGACAGAGGAGCAUGAUGCCUCUGUAGAAGACCUCAUCAAGAGGAACCGUUGUUAUUCCGACGAUGAGGAGGAGAACGAGGACUGA